AUGAAGAUGAUGGGUAGUUAUGUAUUACUGGUGAUGCUGGCGAUUCUAAGUGUGGCUGUGCAUGGCGGGGAAUAUGAGUACGACGAGUCACUGAGCUACUCUUAUUACCACCAAAGUUGCCCUCAGCUGGAGGGCAUCAUCCACAAUAAGCUCGCCCAGUGGCUCAAAAACGACUCGACUCUUGCUCCAUCUCUCAUCAACCUCCAUUUCCACGAUUGCAUUGUCAGGGGAUGCGAUGCUUCGAUUCUUCUGGACCACUCAGAAGCCGAGAAAUACGCGAAAGCAAGCAAGCACCUGAGAGGAUUCGAAGUGAUUGACGACAUCAAAACAGAGGUCGAGAGAGUUUGCCCACGCACGGUCUCCUGCGCGGACAUCCUGACUGCUUCCGCCCGGGACGCCACAGUGGCAGCAGGAGGUCCCUUCUGGAUGGUUCCCUACGGUCGCCGGGACGGGAGAAUCUCCGUCGCCGGCGAGGCACAUACCUUUGUCCCGGUUGGCCACGAGAGAAUCACUGACCUCAUCGAGCUUUUCCAGUCGAAGGGUCUCAACAUACUUGACCUCGUUGUGCUCUCCGGGGCCCACACAAUCGGGAAGUCCAGCUGCGGUUCCCUACAGCACAGGCUGUUUGGCGGUGGACUCCUCAAGGGAGGGCCCAAUAACAAGCCCGGUCCACCCAUCGACCCAAAGUACCUUAACUUCCUAACAAGGAAAUGUAGGUGGGCUUCGGAGGCAGUCGAGCUGGAUGGAGUAACCCCAAUGAAGUUCGACGUGCAGUACUACAAGAACCUGCAGAAGAAGAUGGGCCUACUCUCUACGGACCAAUUGUUGUACUCUGACUCCAGGACUGAGCCGCUCGUCUCUGCUUUUGCUUCUCAAUCCGCGCAUUUCCACCAACAGUUUGCAGCAUCCAUGCUCAAACUUGGCAAGAUUCAGGAUUACCUUACCGACAAACGAGACUCUGAGGUUCGACUCAAGUGCAACACAGUCAAUUCGGGAUUGUACUAG